AUGCGGUCGUUUCUGAGAGCGCCGCUGGCCGUCUUGGCCAUGCUCGGCAUGACAGCGUCGCCAGUCGCGGCGGAAAAAAUGCUCCUGUCCAACUCGCUCAACAUCUGCCAGGAAAACUCCAGUUUCCAGGCCAGUCUGUUCAACGUCGUCUACACGCCUGCCAACAACUCGGCCAGUGUCACCGUAGAGGCCACUUCAACCGUGGCAGGCCAAGUCAAAUUCGAUAUUGAGGCCUCUGCGUACGGCUACACCUUUCUCAGAACGACGCUUGACCCUUGUGAACUCAAAAUCCAAGGUCUCUGCCCUAUGGUUUCGGACAAGCUCUCUUUUGGCUUCAACGUGCCCGUCGGCGACGAGGCCGCUGCCAACAUUCCCGGUAUUGCAUACCAGGUUCCCGACUUGGAUGCGUCCAUUAGGGUUCGCAUCAACUUGACCAGCACCGGCGAGUCUAUUGCCUGCGUUGAAGCCGACAUUUCCAAUGGGAAAACCGUCAACCUCGUUGGCGUCAAGUGGGCCACUGCUGUCAUCGCCGGCUUGGCCCUCGUUUCGUCGGCCGUCAUCAAUGGGCUGGGACACUCCAACACUGCUGCUCACGUCGCCGCCAAUUCUCUGUCGCUCUUCAGCUUCUUCCAGUCCCAAGCAAUCAUCGGCCUGACUGGCGUCCGUCUCCCGCCCAUUGUAGCGGCUUGGACCGAAGACUUCCAGUGGUCCAUGGGCAUCAUUCGCGUCGGCUUCAUCCAGACCAUUGCCACUUGGUAUCAGCGCGCCACUGGCGGUACACCUUCUACCAUCUUCGACUCCCUCAGUACAGUCUCCGUCGAGGUCCAAAAGCGAAGCCUUCAGGUCGCUCGUGUCGGCUUGUACCUGGCGAAGCGCACCGUGGAAAAGCUGCCCACGACUGGUCUCACUCUUUUCAAGCGCGGCAACAUUACCAAUGGUUCCGGAAGUUACGUCGUCUUUGGCAUCCAGCGUGUUGCCUUUGAGGCUGGUAUUGAAUCCACCAACCUGUUCCUGACCGGUCUCAUCUUCUUUUGGCUCUUUGGCCUCUUCACUGCGGGCGCUGUUGUCGCGUUCAAAGGCUUCCUCGAGCUUCUCGCCAAACGCCGACUUAUCAAGGCUGACCGCUUUGAAGACUUCCGAAAUGGAUGGGUUACCGUGCUCAAGGGCAUUCUUUUCCGUGUCUGUCUAAUUGGUUUCCCUCAGAUGGUCAUCCUUUGCCUGUGGGAGUUCACUCAGCGCGAUUCAGCCGCCGAGGUACUUCUCGCCGUCGUUUUCUUCUUCGGCUUGCUCUUUACCCUGUGCUAUGGCGCCUUCAAGGUCAUUCGCCUCGCCCGACGCUCAAUCGCCAUGCACCGCAACCCAGCAUUCAUCUUGUACUCGGACCCUCAGGCUCUCAACAAAUGGGGCUUUCUCUACGUUCAAUUCCGUGCCUCGGCAUAUUAUUUCAUCAUUCCAAUUCUUUUCUAUACUCUCAUCAAGGGAAUGUUCGUCGCGCUGGCUCAGCAUAGCGGCGUCACCCAAGCCAUCAGUCUCAUCAUCAUUGAAGCUGGCCUCCUUAUUGCAGGCUCGGUCCUUCGUCCCUGGAUGGAUAAGAGCACAAACUCCAUCAACAUCGCCAUCUCCGCUGUAAACUUCAUCAACGCCAUCUUCCUCUUCAUCUUCACCAACGUCAUCGAUGUUCCUCAAUUGGUGGUUGGCGUCGUCGGCGUCGUUCUCUUCGUGCUGAAUGCCGUCAUGGCCUUGGUCUUGCUCCUCAUGGUCAUCAUCUCCACCAUCCUCAACUUGAUCCGCAAGAACCCGGAUGCGCGAUACCAGUUCAUGUCCGACGACCGUGCAUCUUUCAUGAAGUCGCAGUCGCAGCUAAACGCCACCACAGAGCUCGACGCUUUGGCAGCUACGGCUCGAGGCGACAAGCUUGGCUACAAGGGUGGAUUUGACAACGAGUCCGUGGAAUCGUCUGACAUUCGUAAGAACAAUGAAGCAUCUGCAUCGUAUAGCAUCUCUGCCACAGAAUCUCAGAAUUCCUUCUAUCCUGGGGGUCACGCUCCCAACGCUGCGAUUCCCCUUUUCCCCCCUGCCCAACGCGGUGCCAGCCCGCUGCGAGAGAGCGUGGUGAACCCACAAGCUUCUGGCGCUUCUUUGGCGCAGCAGCGAACGCACACUGCCAGUCCAGCAAGCGGACACCGAUCGCAACACAACGCCAGCCCCUGGCAACGUGGUGCAGGCUAUGACCACUAG